UUUCCACUUCCGCUUCUCCUCGCAGCUCCGGACCCCAGAGGCGGAAGUAAAAGCCGUUUACAGCGGGUGGAUGCACUUUAGGGGACAGCUGUUCUCCAGCCUUUCUAGAGGGAUGCAGAGCCUUUCCUUAAGACAAACAAGCACUUCAAAAGGUUUGAACUACCUAACCAUUAUGGCACCAAGAAACCUCUGGCAUAUGAGAAGUAACUUUCUCUUUGGUUCAAGAUGUUGGAUGACCCGAUUUUCAGCAGAAAUCAUCUUCAAAUCAGUUUCAUUUAGACUUUUUGGUGUGAAGUGUCAUAAUGCAGACAGUGAGCCUUCGGAAAAUGAGGACCUACUGAACAACUUACUUACUAUGGGAGUAGAUGUUGACAUGGCAAGGAAACGACAGCCUGGAGUUUUUCAUAGGAUGAUUACCAAUGAGCAGGACCUGAAGACGUUCCUUCUUUCCAAAGGAGCUAGCAAAGAAGUGAUUGCUAGCAUCAUAUCAAGAUACCCACGAGCAAUAACACGUACUCCUGAGAAUCUUUCAAAACGGUGGGAUCUGUGGAGAAAUAUUGUGACAUCAGACCUUGAAAUUGUAAAUAUUUUGGAACGUUCUCCUGAAUCCUUUUUUCGGUCCAAUAACAACUUAAACUUAGAGAAUAAUAUAAAGUUCCUCUACUCAGUUGGAUUGACCCGUAAAUGCCUUUGUCGAUUGUUGACCAAUGCCCCUCGUACCUUCUCCAAUAGUCUUGAUCUGAAUAAACAGAUGGUUGAUUUUUUGCAGGCAACCUGUUUGUCAUUGGGUCACAAUGAUCCCACAGAUUUUGUCAGGAAGAUAAUUUUUAAAAACCCUUUUAUCUUAAUUCAGAGCACCAAGCGGGUAAAAGCUAACAUUGAAUUCUUACAGUCAACUUUCAACUUGAACAGUGAGGAACUGCUGGUUCUGAUAUGUGGUCCAGGAGCUGAAAUCCUAGAUCUUUCCAAUGACUAUGCCAGAAGAAGCUACACAAAUAUCAAAAAGAAGCUGUUUUCUCUUGAAUGUACUGAAGAAGAGGUACAGAAGUUUGUCUUAAGCUAUCCAGAUGUGAUCUUCUUGGCAGAGAAGAAGUUUAAUGAUAAAAUAGACUGCCUCUUAGAAGAAAACGUUAGUAUUUCACAAAUAAUUGAAAAUCCUCGGGUUCUGGAUUCAAGCAUAAGUACUUUAAAAAGUCGAAUCAGAGAAUUGGUAAAUGCUGGCUGUAACUUGAGUACUUUAAACAUCAGUCUUCUAUCUUGGAGUAAAAAAAGAUACGAAGCUAAAUUGAAAAAGUUAAGCAGAUUGGCCUAAGGAUGCCAGUGUUUUUAAUUCUCAGGAAAUGUAAAUAUGUUAUGCCACAUUGCAAAAGAAUUUUGCAGAAGUGAUUAAGUUAAAAUGUUAUUAAGGGCCUUAAGAUGGGGAGAUUAUCCUGAAUUACUUGGGAGGGCCCAAUAUAAUCAUAGGGGUCUUUAAAAGUUGAAGAGGGAGGCAAAAGAGGAGGGCAGAGUGAUCGUAUAUAAGAAAGACGACUACUUUUGAAGGAAGGUAAAAGGGGGCUUUGAAAGAGGAAGACACCUUGAGCCAAGGAAUGAAGGGGGCCUGUAAAAAAAAAAAAAAAUGAAAGAGGCAAGAAAACAGAUUCUCCCUUAGAGUCCCCAGAAAGAAUGCAGCCUUGCUGGCACCUUUUUAGCUCAGUGGGAUCAAUGUCAAACUUCUGACCCACAGAACCAUAAUAUGGUAAAUUUGUGUUCUUUUAAACCACUGAGUCAGUGAUAAUUUGCUGCAGAAGCGAAUAGAUUAAUAUAGCAACUAAGUAGAUGAUUAGUUGCAUUAUAGGUGAAGUCACAAAAUACAGUCCUUUAGUGUUAAGUCUGUGUUUCUUCCUUUUAUAAGAGUAAUUAUAUUUAAAAAAUCUACCUACCCUUCUGGAAUUGCUAAUAUUAAGUGUUUAUGAAGUCUUAAAUGUGCAUAAAAAACUAAAUGUGAAUAAUCUAAAUAAAGGAAUAUUUUUGCCUAAUAUAGUUUAAGGAAA